AUGGGGGCUCUGGUAUCGAUUCCUAUAAAUUUUGCCAGCAGUUUCGUUGCAUCCGGAUUAGGUGCUUGUUUUUCAAACCUUUGUUCCCAAUCUCUCUCAGCAAUAAGUUCUUCAUCAUUGGGGACAAGAUUACUAUACGCACUGUGGUUGUUAGUCAAUUCAUUAAUAUCAUGGAUUUAUAUGUCAGCAAAUAAAUCUAUUAUUUGGCCCUCUACGACUUGUACAGCUACCCAUGAAUGUGGUUGGUUCACGGUUCACAGGUUAAAUUUUGCCCUUGGCUCCUUACAUUUGCUGUUAGCAGCAUCAUUAGUUGGUGUUAAAUCCACGAAGAAUCCUCGAGCAGCUUUACAGAAUUCAUGGUGGAGUCUUAAACUUUUAUGUUAUUUGGGUUUAGUCAUAUUAGCGUUCACGAUACCCAACGGCUUCUUCGUUCAUUUUAGUAAAUGGAUAUCAGUACCUGCUGGUGCCGUAUUUAUUUUAGUGGGACUAAUAUUGUUGGUAGAUUUUGCACACGAAUGGGCUGAAACUUGUAUACAGCAUGUGGAGGACCAGGAUGAUAAUUCACCAUUUUGGAAGAAAAGUUUAGUUGUUGGUACCGUUGCCAUGUAUACAGCAUCUUUGGCAAUGAUAGUAGAGAUGUACAUUAUUUUCUGUCGUGGUAAUUGUUCCUUAAAUCAAUUCUCUGCUACUAUCAAUGUGGUACUAACGUUGGUUACAGCGCUUUUAUCGGUUCACCCUAAAAUUCAAGAGGCAAAUCCCAACUGUGGACUGGCUCAAAGUAGUAUGGUUUCUCUUUACUGCUCCUAUUUGGUAUUAAGUGCAAUGGCGUCGGAACCUGAUGAUAAAAUGUGUAACCCAUUGGUUAGCUCAAGUGGUCCUCGUAAUUUUAGUGUGGUUAUGGGUUCAAUUCUAACCUUCGUUGCCAUUGCAUAUACAACUACGAGAGCUGCCGCUAAUAGUGCAUUCCAGGGGACCAACACUAAUGGUAACAUUUAUCUGGAGGACGACGUGGAAUACGAUGGACUAGGUAGACAAGCUAGAAAUCAAUUGCGACAUGAAGCUAUCAAACAAGCCGUCGAAGAAGGAUCAUUACCUGAAAGUGCUCUUUAUGAUACCAGUUGGUUAGGGUCACCAUCCAUUGCAAGUGAAGAAGGUAUAGGUUUAAACGAUGAGCGCAGUGGAACCAAGUAUAACUAUUCGUUGUUCCAUUUAAUUUUUUUCAUAGCCACUCAAUGGAUUGCCAUUUUGUUAACCAUUGCAGUUACACAAGAUGAUGUCGGAGAUUUUAUUCCAGUGGGGAGAACUUAUUUUUACUCAUGGGUUAAAAUUGGGAGUGCUUAUUUAUGCUAUGCAUUAUAUGGAUGGACAAUUGUCGCACCGCUUUUGAUGCCAGAAAGGUUCGAAAUUGAUAGUUCUUAUUAA